CCUCUGACCCUCCGUGUCCCCCCCAGGCGCUACUUCGUGGAUCUGAGCAGCAUGAAGGAGCACUUCAGGUCCAAGGUGCACAAGAAGAGGCUGAAGCAGCUGAGUGAGGAGCCCUACACGCAGGAGGAGGCCGAGCGGGCAGCCGGGAUGGGAUCCUACAUCCCGCCGAAGAAGGUGGAAGUUCAGACCCAGCCGAUCAAUGAAGAAGUGGAGAUGGAGGCGUCCAGCUGA